GCUUUUGUUAACGGUCGGUUGCCGGGGACGCGGAGCUGAGGAGACCGGAGAGACUGUCACUCAGGCUGGGGCCGGAAGGCCUGCCCGAGAUGGCCCAUCGGAAGCUGCAGGAAGCCAUCUUGGCAGCUGAAGGGCUGUGGGUCAGCGAGGAGAGCAGUGAAGGUCAGGAUGUUUACACGGAGUUGUGUGUGCGACAGCGCGUCUGUCUCAGUAAGGACUCGUCUGGAAUCUACAGCAUCCAGUUCUCUCCGGAUGCACAGCAAUUAGCUGUUGGGUUUGGAAAUGGAGCUAUUCAGGUCCUGAAUGCAGCGACAGGUAUAGUCGCUUCCGAACUGUCUCCCGGACACCGGACACGACAAGCUGUCACUGCCAUGAGAUACUACCCGAAACACAUCAACAUCCUCAUGACUGCCGGAGCUGAUGGGAUCAUAUCCAUAUAUAACACGCAGACAGGAUGGCAAGUCGUUGAGAUGAAGGAGGAGGAGAAUGAGAUUCACGCCCUGGAUUUCUGCUCUGACGGGAAUGUCUACGCUACAGCUGGCAAGGAUCGUCACAUCCGACUGUAUGACAGCAGAACCAGCCAGAUAGUGAAAGUUUUUGAAGCUCCCGACUUCAAGAGCAGUGACAAUCUCACACUGAUGAGUGGUCACUCACGCCGAAUCUUUGCUCUGCGAUUCCACCCAGAUGAGUGCCACAUCUUCCUGACCGGAGGCUGGGACAACUCCAUCAAGAUAUGGGACAAGCGAAUGGAAAAGGAAGCUCGCAGGUUCAUCAAUGGCCCCCACAUCUGUGGCCAUGGCAUUGACAUCAGGGAUAACCAGAUACUUACGGGGUCUUGGGUGGCUCAUAACGCACUGAAACUCUGGGAUUACCGAAGCCUGAGGCUGGAGAAGACAAUUCCCUUUCCCCUCAGAAAGGGACAGAGCGAGUUUCUGUACACAGCAAAGUUCUGUAACAGUGAGGUUGUCAUCGGAGGAGGGAGUGGAACCCACAGUGCACACGUCAUCAACUACAAAAACAAUCAGGACCUUGGUGGGAUCGCUCUAGGCAGGAACACUGUACAGGCUGUGGAUACUGUUAUUGAUGGGCAUCUGAUAGCAGUGGCUGGAAUCAAUGGAAACCUGCACAUUGCUACUCUCUAUUAGUCUGGUGAAACCGGGUCUUGCUGCAAAUGGACAGGGA